CCCCAUCCCCAAAAACCCCAUCCUACAACCAAUGAGCAGCACACACAUUAACGCACCGGUACCAACGCCCUCAGAUCCCUGCACUCUGACCAACGCCAUGGAAAUCGACGACGCCCCCGCACCCGCAUCCUCCAGCAACCCCCCAACCCCCCAUCAGUCCACAGUCACCGACGCCGCACCAGUCACCCAUCCACAGCGGUCCAACGAAGCCGAACCAGCAGUAAAGGAGAAAGAGGAAGAAGCGUCGUCAGAGUCGAGCUCGUCCUCGUCGGAUGAGACUGGCGCGGACGCGAUGUUGGGCAGGCAGGACAAGGAGACGCUGCGGAAGGACCGGAGUUUGGCCGAGUUGUUAACCAUGAUGGAUGAGUACAAGCCUAUCCUGCCCGACUCCGUCACCGACUACUACACAACGCGCUCCGGCUUCGAAUGCCCAGAUGCCCGCGUCAAGCGACUCCUUGCCCUCGCCGCGCAAAAGUUCGUAUCAGACAUCGCCGUCGACGCCCUGCAGUACUCGCGCAUCCGAUCCCAGCAGCCCCUGCCAAAGGACCGGAGGAGCGUCGUGAAGGAUAAGAGGACGGUGCUGACCGUCGAUGAUUUGUCGGCGGCGUUGGCGGAUCAUGGGGUGAAUAUCAGGAAACCGGAGUAUUAUUUGUAGAUGGACUGUGACGACGCAAAACUGAGCGAGUGCGUGGGCCUGACUAACUGCGGACCCAGCCAAAAGCCAAACAUGUUCUCACACAUCGUAACGAUCCUCCAUGAAGCCUUUCACAUCAAACAAAACAAACAGAAUGGACUAUUUGAGCAUUUUACACCAUCUACGAGGCCAGUGAAACAAAGUGAGAGUGGUGGGGGGGGGGGGGGG